AUUUGGGAGAUUACAAUUUGUAGUAAUUUUAAGCUUUUGCUUGAUCAUAUAGAUAUCGAGAUUCUAGCUAAUAGUGGCUUAAUGUGUUCUAAAAGGAAUAUAUGCGCAUUAGGGUUGCUGGUUGUAUACGAUGGCAAAAAAACUAACAUCACACUUUAUUUAUUUAUCGACUUUUGGGUUGAAAUCCCGUUAUUCUGUAAUUGCUAAUUUGGCCGCUGAUUUCCUAUGUAAACCAAUCACUUGUAUUCAGCUAAAUAAGUAAAGUAACUUUUACCAUUAAUAAGGCUUGAAAGAGCUUAGCUGUACUACUAUGAAGGAAGCCAAUGGUGGAAUAUUACCAAAGUAAGGAUUAAUAUUGCUUUGAAGUAAACGGUUUAUCAACAAAGGGAAAAAUAGACAAAGAAUGGAGAGUGGUUUUCCUAUUUAACAUCCUUUAGCUUUAACAAAAGUAGAGGGCAAUGUAUAAGCUAUCAGUGAUAGCACACGAUAACUGCGAUACUACAUCCAUAGUUGAAACCUACAGUAGUAACCAUAUGAGAUAAUGCUGGACUACUAAUCAAAAUGUUCAACUAAUUGUAUGCCAAAAAAACCUCCAUUAAAUCACAUCAUAUCGCAACUUUUGAAGAAUCGUCCAAUGUCGACUCUGUCAAGUCCGCCGGAAGAACAACCGUCGUCCGAGCGUGCUACACCUGAGCCAGAAGAACAUCCGCGGCCCGAGCGUGCUACACCUGAGCCGGAAGAACAUCUGCGGUCUGAACAUGCUACACCUGAGAUAGGUUUCAGUGAUUGAAAAUAUUUGAGAUGAGGCUGUGCAUCUCUGUGGUGAAAUUGAGAAGGUCCUUGCUAUCAGGAAAGAAUUAUGUGCAAGGUUGCAUCACUCACGCAGGAGCUGGGUGGGGAUAGAUCAGAUAAACAACAUUUAAGACUUAAGGAUGCUGAAUGCAAAGAUUGAUGGCCUUCAACAGGAACUUACUCGUUCAAGUUCAAGGAGGCACAUGGGUAAUCUAUCUAAGAAUAAUGGCACACUAUUAGUCGGCGACUCAAAGGCAUGUAACUGAAAUUCAUUGAUAGAUUUAACUGCCAUCAUAUACUGUGUCUCUUUGGGUUAUGCUGCACACGGCCCAAAUUUUACCUAGCAUAGAGACAUGGCAUAAUUUGGCUUGUUCAUUAUAAUGAAUUUUCAUAUUGAUAUUUAUCAAUUUAGAUGUGUUGUGUUCUUUUGGAAGGAGGGUGCCGAAUACUCUUUCUCCUGUUGCAAUGCAUAGACAUUUUUGCUAUAGCUAAUAAAUUGUCCACCGACACAGAAACUUAAUUGAUGUAAUAUGGUGUGUCUGCAUUCACAUUUCACACUGCAUGUUUGUCCUCAUAUGUGAGCAUGUGCGGUCAUAUGCGGCUGUGGUGUAAAGCAAAUUGUUGCCAUGGAAUAGUGGUUCCAUGCUGCUAAGGUAAACUCAAUUAGUGGACCUAGAUAUAUGGAGUAGAGAAAUUCAUGCUAAGUAUUGAUCUAGAGCUUGGAUGUCUGAGCCACUAAACUUAAUUGUAAAACUGGGAACAAACUUAUAAUUUCUGCACUCCCUAUGUUACAGAAAGCAGAAUCAAGAUCUUUGUUUAGGCCCCGCUUGGGAGCUCAGUAUUUUUUAAGCAUUACAAGAAUACUUUGGUUUUCAGAAAUACUGGAGUAUUAAAUACUUUGAGGCGUUUGGCUUUAGCCAAAACUGUAGUUUUAUAUACUUGCAUAUUUAGGAAACUACACUAUUUUUGAAGUAUAUGAAAAAGAGGGCUGGACCUCUUUUUCCAAUACUAAAGUAUUGGUUCGCUAAGCAUUAGAAUACCAUGGUUUUCCAAUCCUUUAACUUUAAAAAUACUUCACUGCCAAACUAAGCAUAUAUGUUAGAUACGAUUGUUGGUAUAAUUUUUGGGGAAAUACUCGUAUCCGGCGUGCCGGCCGAACUUUCGGCCGGUCGCGCCGCUCUGGUCGCGCACAGCACAACUGCUGCAGUGCCUCACGCACACCACGUGGCCAUGGGUCCCACGCGCAAUAUCAGGCACCAACGUCCUUAUCCCAGCAACCGCACAUCCUCAUCCACUCAUCCUCUCGCCUGCCUCGCCUCCGCCUCUGGCUCGUGCCGCCGCAUCCUUGCUCCGGCGAGCCCACCACCACCUGCCCGCACUGCUCCGGCGAGCGGCCACUAUCCACCCGCCUCACGCCGAUACGGCGAGCGGCUGCCCAUCCAUCGGCGCGAGCGUGCGGCAACCAGCGCUUUGUCGCCAUGGCGCCCUCAUCUGGUUGUGCUCCUCUCCACGGCCGCCGUCGCAGAAUUUGCUACAAGCAUGUUUUUUUUUGCUGGAACCAGCCCAUGUAUUUGCUACCGCCGACCCAUCAAAAUCCUGCUACCACGUUAAUUUUGUUGGAACCGGCGAACCAUUUUGCUACAACUGUUUUUGGUUUUUGUUACUACUGGCGUUUUGCGGAUUUGUGCUACAUCUAUCUCCAUGACAUCACAUGUUUCUCCAGUCGUUUUUUGCUACAACCAUGUUAUGAUUUUGUUGGAAUUGAAGAUAAAUUUUGCUACAUCCACCCAUGGCGGUGUUUGUUCACGGCGGCAAUGGCUUUCUUCUUCGAUGGGAUCGGCAAGCAAUUUUGGAUACAAUCGGCGAGCAGUUUUGCUUCAACCAGCACCUUUUUUUGCUGGAACCUUUGGAUUUUUUGCUGGAGCCUAUGUUUUUCAGAGAUGCAAAGCAAUUUUUGAUACAACCGGGGAGAAAAUUUGCUUCAACCAAUAUCUAAUUUUGCUGGAACCAGCAAUUCCAAAGCUGCAACAACCGAAGCUUUUUUUAGCUGUGACAGGUCACCGCGGCGAACUGCGACGGCCACCGCGGCGAGGCGCGCUACAAGGUCGCCGGGGCUGCUCGAACGGUGGUUGGUGGGAGGGGGGAGGAGGAGAUUUGACCCAGCACGGUAGCGAGGGUGGCGACCCGGUUGGCGACCGACGAGAAACGUAUGGGAGGCGCUGACCACCGGCGAGGGCGGCGACCGGCGGCAGGGCGGCAAAUUACGGCGGAGGUCGAUGGGCACUCGCGCAGCCGCCUCUCACUGCGGUGUGCGGGGCUGCAAUUUUUCAGGAAGACGAUGGAGAAAAGGAACGAAGCGAGAAGACACAUCUGACGGCUAGCAGUCAUUGCAUCGUACGGUCCCAGGGCGACCGGCCGAAUCGUUUGGGCCGGUGCGCUGGCGCAGAGUAGCGCCCUAAUUUUUGUGUGGUGCUUUUUUUUUGUCAGAUUAUAUUAUGCAAACUUUCAUGAUACACAGAUAGCCGUCGCCUCUGACCUUUGCCCGUUGUACUCCCAUAGACAUCCAAGCUCUCCGCAUCCACCCCGAUACUGCACCCCACCCCUGCACGUGUCGGCUGCCAUCGCUGGUCUGCCACGAGCCCACGACGUACCCAUCUGCAUCUGCCUCGCCUUGAGGCCACAGCAGCACCCCUGCCCUCCUGCCCCUGUUGGCGAGCGCGACCCUCUACCGGUAGCGACACUGCUCCCGUGUGCUGGCCUUGCUGUCUCAUCUCCUCUCUCUCUCUCUCUCAUGUUUGGGUGUUAGCGAACCCUACUAGUGUGCUGGGCUGGGCCAUAUGCUGCUCGGCUUGAGCUGCACGGAGGCCUGGCAAGAAAGCAACUACAUAUACGAACGAGGCCAUCGGUAACAGACAAGUCGGCUCGGAUCAGGACGGCUUCGGCCUCAUCUGCUUCUGUCUUCCACUUCUCCUUCCUCUUCCUCUGGUGAUCUCCUCCUCCCUUGUAAUGGCGAUAGCUUGAUGAAUCCAUGGCUUCUAAUCCACAUUGAUGAGGAAUAGGUCCUUGUGAGAAGAGUGCUGCUAACAAUUGGAAUUGGUAUUCAGAGCCAAUCCCUACCACCCUUCUUCAAUUCCACCACUCAGCCCCAAUUCCAUGGAUUAGAAGGCACGACUAGUGAGCUCCAUCGAGGCGGCCGUGGAGGCGGCCGUCAAUCGGGCGGUACAGCCGGCCGUCAAGGAGAUGCGUGCCUACACCGAUGGCUCGAGGCAACGCAUCUGCGAGGAGAUCAAAGAGAGACGCCAUGCUCGAGCGGUGGGCGUCCACAACGUCGUCGCCACCACGUCCGGCAUGCCUGCUGCGACCACCACCGAGGCCUCCAUCAAUCGCCGGGCCACUCUACGGCUCAGCAACGACCGGGGCAUGGCCGCAUCCCAUGGCACCGGCCUCGCUGCCAUGUCGCCCGCAACGUGUUCGACGCAAUGCCCAAGCCGCGCCGUCACCGGGUCAAUGUCAGCGCCCACUCCCACCGCAACAUUAGCUUCGUCCAAGGUCACCGUCAGUGUCGUCCCUGAGCGCGGCUUCUUCGACCUCGAGCCAGCGGCCGUGGCCUUCAGUCCGACCCCCAUGCUGGACAUCUCGGGCGACAGCUCAACCGUGAUGAACUCCCUCACGCACGAUGCCGUCUCCAACACCAGUUCGGCCAUGGCCUCUGUGUGUGCGUUGACAUCUACACACAUUCCCUCUGCGGUGCCUAUGGACACCGUCGACGCGAGCCCAGGCGGGGACAAUGCUACAACUCUCGUCUCUGUCGCUGUGGAGGCGUCAGCAGCAAUGGAACUCGCUCCAAGUGUGGCUGCCCCAUUGGUUUGCCUCGAUGAUCUCCACCUCAAGACGUACAUAGGUGCCAUCAGCGUGUUCCCAAGUGUUCCUAUGUCAGCGCUCUCCAGGUGUUCUACAGAAAGUUUAGACCAAGACACGAGCAUGGAAUCGCCAGAAUUUGCACUCGGUGUAUGUCCGCUCACGAGAGUAGCGUGUGCCUACUUCCACUCUAGUCUUAUGCCACCAGUUUUGAGGAGUGCUCGUGUCAAGAAGGUCAACAUGUUCCAGUUGCUCAACAGUAACGACAGCAUCAAUGUCACCAAGGAGCAGGACAAGUCACUACUUAAAUGGCACAUGUCAUCGUAGCUUGUAAGCUUCCUUCAUCUCGCGCUCGAAAGUUCCUUCCAUGUGAAUUAUUUCCAAUGACUACUGCAUCAAUUUGCUUGCCACUAUUGCAAUAUGUUCAGAAGUGUGUGUGGCCGCCACCUGCUCUCAUGUAUGGGCACAAGAAAUGCAGCUUACUGGAUAUGAGUGGUUUUUUUCCUUUUGCGCAGAGGGGCAAUAGCAGUGAUUUUAUCCAUGUUCAUGCAGCAAAUGAAUUUGAUGCUCUAUUUGUUAUUGGCAAUCUUACUACUCAGCAAUAUUUGGGUCAGUGGAGAGUUUUCAAGUCUCAACGAAGGCUCCACAAGGUACUAUCGGUAGCAGAUCACCCCAUUUCCAAUAUGAAUUACAAGUUACCACAACGGCCGUGGGAUGUAGGAAAUUGGAGUUUUGGCUGUUCAAGGUCCUACUUGUUAACUACAGGAUGUGGUAAGUGGCCACGCAGAAAUGGAAUUGACACAAGUAGCAAGCUACUUGUUACAGCUCAUGUUGGCAAUGGUUCGGCAUGCUUUCUUACUGGUAUCCGGUAUAGUUCUGAGGAAUUAUUGGCAUUGCCGUGGGAUCCUGGACAGCGAGCAAUUAAUUCAACCACGAUUAUCCAUGCUCAAGGCAGUAGUUUCAUCCAUCAGCUGGGUCUUAAUUCCUCAUAUAAACACCAGCAGCGACAAGUUUUUGCAACAAGUAGUGAACUAGUAAUAAGUCAUGGAUUAGCAUGGGUCACAUGCUUUCUUGAUGCUUGUGAAAUAUUGGGUCCUGAUUUUGAUGCUCUUGCACUUCUAACCAUUGGACCUUGGUUGAAAUACAUCUGUACGAGAGACCAAUGGAAGAUUGCUUGGUCUUUGUUGGGUUCUAAUCAUUGUCAGUGGCAGUCUGUUCCUUGGUCACCAUUCCUCUUUAUUUUGACUGAACUGCAGCCGGUCAGCGUACUUGACUAUCGCCAACAAGAGCAGCUGAAGCAUGACAGAGACUAUUGCAAUUUUCUGGCGUUCCGACCAGCUUGGCCGCCACCGAUGCGAGAAGGGGAUUCCUUGCAAUUUCUUUGGUUUGUGGUUGCUCUGGUGCAUUUCAAGGAGUGGUAUUAUAGCUUGUACCCGAACAAGUUCUGGAAUCCAAGUUAUUUUUGGUUUGGUAUUCUAGCGUCGACACUGGCAACUACUACACCGGCGGCGGCAUCAGCGAAGCUUGAGCCUGACCUCUUCACGCCACCGCCAACGACUAGCUCUGCUGUGUGCGCCAACAGACCUAAGGACAAGUGGCAAUUGUUCCUGUACCAGUUCAAUUGUCUUGACACUUUCUGUCAGCAACACACAGAACACCAUGUUGCUUUGGCUUCUGCAUAUCCUGAAAUUUGUGUCGAAGAAGUGGCCAUUGAGGAUGGUCUGUUUGGAUCUUUCGGUCAUGUUAAGAGGAUUUUUCAACCACGAUAUCUGGAAGCAUCUAAGUACUUGUCAUCGGCAGCAGAUUCAGUUCCUUACCACUGUGGACCUGUAACUGCUGGAAUGAUUUUUCCCUAUGGUUUUGUUUCUCUAUGGAAAUUUGCAUGGUCCAGCUGGAUUGACAUUUUGAGGGUGAUUCAAAACACAUCUGCAGUUUGGUCAUGCAUCUUGUGGGCACAUGUUCAUACAACAAAUUCAGUUAUAGACAAAAAUAGUCUCUCCCUACUGGAUUACUUGCUGCAAUAUUGUGAUGCUAGACAGGUGCAUCUGCUCUGAAGAAUGCUAGAUGUUCAAACGCUCCUGGAACUUGCUAGACGCAACAAACAAGCGGGAUCAAAAGGAAGGAGGAAUGUUGCAGCUCCACCCUACUGCUGCGACCAGGACCUCGACCAGGCUUACUAUUUCAACCAAGUCUAUGUUAACCAACACUACUACCUCGACGCUUCCUGCGACCAAGUGAAAACCAGCAACGACUACUUCCUUGAGCAAGUCGGCUUCAUCUGCUACCCCAACCUCGCCAGGCUUCGCCUCAACUACGGCACCCACCGCAACCUCGGCGAAGUCAUGAAGCAUCAAGUACCAUGGGAUCCAGGAGGUUCGCCAUGGCAUCAGCUUGAGGUCAAGCUGAAUUUUAAGGAGUGGGGAAUGUUAGUGAACCCUACUAGUGUGCUGGGCUGGGCCAUAUGCUGCUCGGCUUGAGCUCCACGGAGACCUGGCAAGAAAGCAACUACAUAACGAGGCCAUCGGCAACAGACAAGUCGGCUCGGAUCAGGACGGCUUCGGCCUCCUCUGCUUCUGUCUUCCUCUUCUCCUUCCUCUGGUGAUCUCCUCCUCCCUUGUAAUGGCAAUAGCUUGAUGAAUCCAUGGAUUGUAAUCCAAAUUGAUGAGGAAUAGGUCCUUGUGAGAAGAGUGCUGCUAACAUUGGGUCUGAUGUUAGCGUGAUGUGUGUUUGUGGAUGGAUAUGAUGCUACCAUGGUCUGUGUAAAAAACUGUUUUUGGUGUAUUUCUCUUUGGAGUAUUGCUGUUGGAGGUGAGCUUAA